AUGUUCCUCCGCGGGCUGCUCUCCCGCCUCCUUGCGCUCCUUCUUCCCCUGGCAGUGACCGCCACUGUUUACCUCUAUCUCUACCCAGUCUUCAAAGGAUGCGCCUUUCCUCUCCCACCUGACACCCAGUCAAACACGAAGCAGUCCCCAGGAACCAAUGCGGUGAUCAACACACUCCUUCAACACCUAAACAUCCCAACUACAGAGGGCCCUGAACCCGCCAUCUUCAGACUCCUCGUCCUCGCCGACCCCCAACUAGAGGGCGACACCUCCCUCCCCUUCCCCGAAUAUGACUUAUACCCCCGUCUCCAACACCACUGGCGCACCGUCCAGGACUCAAUCAGCAACAGCACCACACUGCUAAACACCGAAGUCCUCUCAACAAUAACAACAAGCCUCCAGACCCUCGCAACAGAAGAUAUCCCGCGCUCCUUCAACUCAGCCGUGAAACGCCUAGACCUCUUCGGAAACGACUACUACCUCGCCCACAUCUACCGCACCCUAUUCUUGUGGACCCGGCCGACCCACACAACCGUCCUCGGCGACCUAGUCGGCAGCCAAUGGAUCUCAGACGACGAGUUCGCCACGCGCGGACACCGCUACUGGAACCGUGUCUUCCGCGGCGCGGAGCGCGUCGACGAUACCAUCACCCGUACCGGUGUAGCCGGCUUCAGCCAAAGCGCCGAAGACAAGAUGCCGCCCACGGAACCCUUGCGCGGAGACGGGACAUGGGCUCGGCGGUUGAUCAAUGUGGCGGGAAACCAUGACAUCGGGUAUGCGGGUGAUAUCAGCGAGGCGCGGAUGGAGCGGUUCGAGCGUGUAUUUGGGCGUGCGAAUUGGGAUAUACGCUUCGAGCAUCCGGCCGUCGAAUCUCCGUCUGCGUCUGGGGUUGUUGUGCCCACUUUGCAUCUGAUUAACCUCAAUUCGCUCAUGUUUGAUACGCCUGUGCUUUCUUCCGAGAUCCAGAGCCAGACGUAUGCGUAUUUGAAUGAGUUGAUCGCUGAGCGGCUCGCGCCGGUCGAGGACCGGUCGGCGUUUACGCUACUUCUGACACAUCUGCCCAUGCACAAGGAAGAAGGGAUAUGCACUGACGGGCCAUUCUUCUCAUUCCACGACUUGGACGACGAGGCCGGGCCAGAUGGUGUACCCCGUUGGCUUGAAGGUGGUCUCAAGGAACAGAACCACCUCAGCGAUGCGCUCAGCGCAAGUGGCAUCCUGCAGGGUGUCUUUGGGCUGAGUGGGAAUGAGAACGCGGUUGCUGGUGGUCAGGGUCGGAAUGGGCUUAUUCUUACAGGCCAUGAUCACACUGGUUGUGACGUUGUUCAUUAUGUCAACCGCACUGCAGGUGACGAGGAGGAUGAGAAAGGCUGGAAAUGGGAUGCGAAGCGCUUCGAUAGCCGGCAUAUUGAGGAACCCUCUAUAAGGGAGGUGACGCUGCGCUCGAUGAUGGGCGAAUUCGGUGGAAACGCUGGUCUACUUUCGGCGUGGUUUGAUCAAGGAGCUGGCGAAUGGAGCUAUGAGAUUACUAUGUGUCCGGCUGGUGUCCAGCAUAUCUGGUGGGCGGUUCAUGUUCUUGUCCUGGUGACGCUGGUCGUGGCGAUGCUUUCGUUCUUGGUCGGUGUUUGGUCGAAGCCAGCUGCGAGUAUGGCCCAGACAGACAAGAGCCAGGUUGUACAGAAGAAAUGA